UCCUAUUUUACCUCCGCACCUAGCGGAGUCGCCCAAAAUUAAUAUUCUACGUUUAAAGAGAGAGAAAGUUAGAGAGAGACGCGUCUGUUGACUGUGUUCGAUUAACAAAAGUCAGGGUUUUAGCUUUAAGUGCUCCAUUACAAGCAAUUGAGAGUCUAUGCUGUUAUUUGCCCUGUUCCACCAUUACUAGUCGCUUUCGGAGAAGAGUCAAAGCACAGUUUCAAGACCAUCAAUCAGUGUUUUGAUGCGUUAGGUGUGGUAUGGCAUCGAAAAUAAACUCCGCUGAUAGUAGGACGAGGAGUUCAGUAUAUAUCCUUAUAGUAGCUGGCUUGUGCAUUUUCUUCUAUUUACUAGGAACAUGGCAAAGAAGCGGGUUUGGGAAGGGUGACAGUAUAGCCCUGGAGAUGACAAAGGCUGGGGCAGAUUGUAAUGUCCUUCCAAAUCUGAAUUUUGAUACCCAUCACAAUGGUGAAGCCGGUGUUAUUGAUGAUUCCGAAUCAAGAGCUAAAGUGUUUGAGCCAUGCCACCCUCGUUAUACUGAUUACACGCCCUGCCAAGACCAAAGCCGUGCGAUGACCUUCCCGAGGGAGAAUAUGAUUUACCGAGAGAGGCAUUGUGCUCCUGAGGACGAGAAGUUACAUUGCCUUAUUCCAGCGCCCAAAGGAUAUGUAACCCCGUUCCGAUGGCCAAAGAGUCGUGAUUAUGUACCCUUUGCCAAUGCACCAUAUAAGAGCUUGACAGUUGAGAAGGCUAUUCAGAAUUGGAUUCAAUAUGAGGGUAACGUAUUUAGGUUCCCAGGUGGAGGAACACAGUUUCCUCAAGGGGCAGAUGCAUAUAUUGAUCAACUUGCUUCUGUAAUACCAAUUCAAAAUGGGACUGUCAGAACUGCCCUGGACACUGGUUGUGGGGUUGCUAGCUGGGGUGCGUACCUUUGGAAGAGAAAUGUUAUAGCUAUGUCAUUUGCACCAAGGGAUUCACAUGAAGCACAAGUUCAGUUUGCUCUUGAAAGGGGUGUACCUGCUGUUAUUGGGGUCCUAGGAACAAUAAAGAUGCCAUAUCCUUCAAGGGCUUUUGACAUGGCUCAUUGUUCUCGUUGCUUAAUUUCAUGGGGAGCUAAUGAUGGGAUGUACAUGAAGGAAGUUGAUAGAGUUCUUAGACCUGGCGGCUACUGGGUGCUUGCAGGUCCUCCAAUAAAUUGGAAGAAUAACCACCAAGCAUGGCAGCGUCCCAAGGAGGAACUCCAGGAAGAACAGAGAAAGAUUGAAGAGAUUGCGAAACUUCUUUGCUGGGAAAAGAAGUCUGAGAGGGGUGAAAUUGCUGUAUGGCAGAAGAGUAAAAAUUCCGAUGCAUGUCAUGCUACACAAGAAAAUUUUGAAGCUACAUUAUGCAAACCUGCAGAUGCAGAUGUUGUCUGGUACAAAAAAAUGGAAGGAUGCGUAACUCCAUAUCCUGAUGCUAAAAGAGUUCCUGGCGGAGAACUGAAGGUGUUUCCUGACAGGCUAUAUGCUGUCCCUCCCAGGAUUGCUAGUGGAUCUGUUCCGGGAGUCUCUAUUGAGGCAUACCUGGAGGACAACAAAACAUGGAAGAAGCAUGUAAAUGCUUAUAGAAAAAUUAUUGAAAUUAUUGACUCAGGAAGGUAUCGCAACAUUAUGGAUAUGAAUGCCGAAUUAGGAGGAUUUGCUGCAGCACUCGAGUCUCCUAAACUUUGGGUUAUGAAUGUUGUGCCCACAAUAGCUGAGAAAAACACUCUGGGUGUUGUAUAUGAGCGAGGACUGAUUGGCAUCUAUCAUGACUGGUGUGAAGCUUUCUCCACAUACCCAAGGACAUAUGACCUUAUUCAUGCCAAUGGUGUUUUCAACUUGUACAAGGAUAAAUGUAAUUUUGAAGACAUUCUGCUGGAGAUGGAUCGGAUUUUGAGACCAGAAGGUGCAGUUAUAUUCCGUGAUGAUGUUGAUGUGAUAAUCAAGGUCAAGAAGAUAGUAGGUGGGAUGAGGUGGGAUACUAAAAUGUGGGAUCAUGAGGAUGGUCCCCUUGUUUCUGAGAAGAUAUUGGUCGCCGUCAAGCAAUAUUGGGUUGCUGGGGAAAACAGCACAUCAGUGCUGUGAAAGCUACAGAAAGAAGCGGAACCCUGGUUCGAUUCCAAGCUGGCAACGCACCUUCCUCUUAGGCAAGCCCAUGCAUAUUCUUUUUGACCAGUGUGCAUUUUUUUAUGGGAAAGGGGUAUACCGUAGGGAGGAGACUCCCUGAUAUAUGUUUAACCUCAUAUUAAUUUAGCUUGUGUUCUCUGUAUAAGUUAUAAAUGAUAUUUGCUCAAGCUCAUGAAAAAUACUGGCUCCCUGAAAGGCUAGUAAGAUUCCUCAGAUCCCUUUUUCAAUUGGUUAAGAUUCUUUUCCUCUA